AUGGCCAGCAAGAUGAACAUGAACUUGACCUACAAGACUUUCCCCGAUGUCGACUUCUCAGCGAUCAAGUUCGAUGGUAUUCGUGCUGGAAAGAACGGCAUGAAGUUUGCAAACCUGGUGGGCGGCAAUGGGCGAAGGCUGGUUGCAGAGACGCCCGCGAUGAAGAUCCCAUGGAACACCGAGAUCAGGAAGAGCGAGGAAACCGGGCAGUGCUCCUCUAAGAUCGCUCUGUCGUUCCAAGGGAUGAGCGACGACCAGGAAGACGACGGUAAACUCCGCCGCUUCUUUAAUUUUCUAAACGGCGUGGACAAAAGAGUGAAGGAGCUCGCCGCUCAGAACAAAACCGAGCUCUGGCAAAAGACCAUGGACGCCGGCAAGAUCGAAGCUUACUUCCAGAGCUCGGUGAAGGCAUCGACCAACGACAAGUACCCCCCAACCUUCCAGGGCAAGAUUCCUCUCCAAGAAGGAAAAAACCCUUCUUCCGAAGAUGCCAACGAGGCCAUGGACAUGAAGAUUGUUGUUUUCCGCAAGGACAAGACUCCCGUUUCCCCCAGAGAGCUGAAAGGCGGCUGUCUCGCGAGCGUUAUCGCGGAGGCCUCGUACGUCUGGUGUACCCCCAUGAUGAUUGGUAUUUCUUGGAUUGUCAAGUUUGUUCUCGUGGAGCCCAAGCCGUCCGAGACAGCGUUCCAGUUCACGGACAUGGAAGACUUCGCAGACGUCAAGGACGACGGCUCCGACAACAAGCGCAAGAGGGACUCUGACGACGACGAUGGUGACGAUUUUGAGAACGACACCGAGAACGGCAACGAAGAUGGCGAUGGCGAUGGAGAUGGAGAUGGAGAUGGAGAUGGAGAUGAAGAUGAUGAAGAAGAAGAAUUUAAGUAA